AUGAACCUCAUCCAUAUCUUCCUGCUGCUGGGUAUGGCUGCAUUUGUUCUCCAAGCUGAUUCGCUGCAAGGGUCAAAAGUCUACCUCGGAGAAUCUGUGCUGCUGAAGUGCACAGUUGAGUCAAACUCCACUGCUCAGUGGGGCUUUGAGUGGGACAAACCAAAAACUGUUCUGACCCUGAACCCCAGGCAUGUGGUCUCAAAUGACAGCUACUUCAUCACCGCUGUAACAAGGGAGGACGCGGGCAGCUACAGGUGCAAAGCAGGACAAACAUCCAGCCAGCCGGUGGAGCUCAUCGUGUCAGAGCUGACCCCUCCCUCGCUGAUUCUGGCUCCCAGCACGAGAUACAUCUUUAGUGGGGAGAGAUUCAGUAUGCGCUGCCCCUCAUCUCAGACGAACGCCAAAGGCUGGAAGCUUAGGACUGAUGCGUGUGUCUUCAAUGCUACCAUUGGGAACAGUGGGCUGUACUGGUGUGAGGGACCUGAGGGUCGCAGCAACUCAGUCAGGAUCUCAGCAAGCUAUGACAAUAUCAUCAUGAAGACUCCAGCCUUCCCUGUAUUUGAGGGGGAUAAAGUAAUUUUGUACUGUCAGUACAAAACAACAAACUACAACGACACAACCUUCUUCAAAAACGGAGCAGUCGUCUCUGUGAUGCCUUCGAGUCCAAACAAUGAGAUAAACAUGACUAUUGAGAACGUAACAAAGAAAGACGAAGGUUCCUACAAGUGUGCAUCCCCGGCCCUAAAGAUGGAGAGUACAGAGAGCUGGUUAUCUGUGAGACCCAAGAGCGACACCCCAGAGGAGACUGAGAUCAGGGUCAUACUCAUAGGGAGUAGAUGGGCUGGCAAGAGUUCAUCUGGUAACACCAUUCUGAGAAAGGAGGGAUUUGAGUGUGGCCGAACAAGAACAGCUCAGUCUGAAGUGAGACAUGGAUUGGUGGACGGCAGGAAGCUCACUGUGAUUGAUGCUCCCGGUUGGAGCGGCUCCCUCUCCCUUGCUGAGAUCCCAGAGGGGGACAAGCAAAGGUUUAAGCUCAAUGCAUCCAAGUGUCCGCCUGGACCAAAUGCUUUUCUCCUCGUUAUUCCAAUAGACUCGGCUUUCUCUGUGGAGCAGAAGACGAGUGUGGAGGAACACAUGAAGCUCUUAGGUGAACGGGUUUGGCGAUACACGAUGGUGCUGUUCACCUGCGGGGAUUACCUCGGGGAAAAGACAAUUGAAGAACACAUUGAAAGUGAAGGACAGGCACUCAAGUGGUUAAUAGAAAAGUGUUUGAAUAGGUACCAUGUAUUUAACAACAAGGACAAGAGUGACUUAUCUCAGGUCACAAAGUUGCUGCAGAAGAUCGAAGAGAUGGUGUGGUACAAUGGUGGCAGUUACUACAAGGUAGAAGAGCACAUUUUCCAAGUCAUCAAAGAGAAGCAAAAGGAGGUAGCUGAGAGAGCAGAAGAGAGAAGGAAGAAGGCUGAGGACCAAAGACAACACAUGAAAACACUCAUUCCAGUUUCCAGUAUUAAGCUGCAGGAACUGAGAAUAAUACUACUCGGUCAGAAGACUGUUGGAAAGAGUGCAACAGGAAAUACUCUCCUGCAUAAAGAAGUCUUUGCAUCUAGUCAGAAUGAACAAUGUCAAAUGCAAGAUGGGGAGGUUUCGGGCCGACGAGUCACAGUGAUUGACACCCCGGGCUGGUGGCAGAACUCCUCAUGCUGCACAGAUGAGACAGACAAAGAAAUUGCCCGAGGUUUUUCACUGAGCCCAGCAGGAGUUCAUGUUAUUCUGCUGGUCAUUCCUUUGGACCUGACAUUCAGAGAUUCUCAACGAGUCACUCUGGAGGAUCACAUGAACCUUUUUCAUGCCACUGUAUGGAAACACGCAAUGGUUCUGUUCACAUAUGGAGACAAACUAGCAGAUAAAUCUUUGGAGGAGCACAUUGAAAGGGAGCAUAGUGCCCUGCGCUGGGUGAUUGAGAAGUGUGAGAACAGGUACCAUGCCAUUAACAAUCUGAAAAAAAUGGAUAUGAAUCAGGUGACAGAGCUGUUUGAGAAGAUAGAGGAAAUAGUAGCAGGAAACAGUGGCAAGCUCUUUUGUCCAAACAUGAAUGAAAUGCACCUGAGAAUCGAAGAGACGUUCAAGCAGAAGCAACUGAAACAUGUGCUGAAGCAAAGACUAGUGCGGGAGUACGGGAGGAGAGAGCUGGAGCUAAUGAAAGAGUUCAAGGAAACACUCGUUGAGCUGCAAAAUGACAUUAGGGGAGGUGCUAUGGGCACAAAAUCCAAGUCCCUGGUUGGUGACAGGGUGAAACUCACAACCAGGUCUACUGGUCAGGGGAAGAGAGAUGGCAAGGAGGAAAAACUAGAUACAAAAAUCAGCCAAAAAAUUAAAAAGCUGGAUGAAGAUAUAGAGAAAUUAUCACAUUUUCUUGGAAACAGCAAGGAAUUUUUGAUCCCUGAUUUUAAAGGACGCAGUCCAGCACCUUCUAUUCCUGAGUCUUUCUUAGAGCGCAAACAAUCAACCGGCAACUUUGAGAAAGUUCUGAGUUGGUUAUCGAAUCUUCAUAUCGGCACAAAUGUGGAGAACCAGCUGACUCUCAACUUCUCUCAAACAUCAGGCUACAGAUCUAUGGUGCCAUCCGACACCUUUGACUUUGACGGAGAAGUUGAAGUUCCCGAGUGAACAAAUUAAAAGAUUACUGCAUUCUGUAGUGAAUUUAAAAAUGUCGAGCAAAAGAGUCCAACAAUACUGUGAAUUUAUGGGGUAGC